CUUAGCCCGACUUCGAGGCCGGUAGUCCUUUAUUCUGCUUCUCUAGUCUAGUCCAUAAUACGUUAAUAACGCUCGUUCAGAUGCUGAGGCUUUACCAGAAAACUUACAAGUCAACUAGCCCGCUUCAUUCUGUAUAAAUUCCACUAGUCCUUUCCCUCAGAAACUUCAAAGUAAUGUCUCUUUCCCACAAUGAGAGCCUCGUGGCUAACACGGCUGUAGGUUACACGGACAUCCAACCUCUAGGUUUCAUGACACUACUAGGUGCCCGCCUUUUUGCCAGUGAAAGGGGAUCGAAUGCUAACUACUGUGCUUUGAUUUUGCUCUCUCCCUUCCCCGACGCAGCGGAAGGCAACGGCUGGGAGCGAGGUUCCCAAUGAGCUCUUGGCCUCGCGGCCGGUCUGUUGGGCGCAGCUUGCCGACUUCAGAUGCGGCAAGAAAACGCAGCCGCGGCCGCUAUAACAUAAGGUUAUUCCUCGCCAUGUUUUGGAAGAAAGUCGUAGCUGCGGGAGUGUUAUUACUGCUGGGUUACAGCUCAGCUUUGUGGAGGUAUAGAACAAAUACCAAAACUUAUUCUAUUUUCAACACCAGAACAACUAUCCAUUUAGAAUAUGAAGGACCAGAUUUUAUAGAAUGGGACAUCCCAGGAGUUUGUUCUGUUAAAAAUCGAACUUUACAAAACACAAUAAUGAUCUGUUCAGUUCAAGGUGUUCAUACCAUAAGACCCAAAGUUUAUGGUAAAACAGCAGAAGCUGAAGAACGCUUUUUAUAUGUAGAUCGUCCUAGUGAAUGCUUUCUGUGGUAUUACCAAUCAAGUCGUGUGGACAACAAACCCAUUCAGAACAUAGUGAUGUGGAUAUAUGAUCCAGAAAAUGCAAGUCCUGAAGAGCUAGCCAACAAUGCAUCACAACCUUCAAUUAAUUCCAUGUCACUUAGCAGCCAGUUUUUCAGUAUGGGAGAAGAGCCUACUAUUUUAUCAGUAAUCUCUUAUGAUGUUUACAUUCCAGAAAUUACAAAGCAAGAAGGGAUAUGGGAAGUGCAAAUACCACAUACAAAAGCAAAUGUUCUUUUGAUGAUCAAAGGGAAUUCAGUAGCUUUCCAAGAUUGCUUUGUUGCACACCAUCCAUUUUUAGUAUCUUAUAUAUCACAAAAUUUUACUCAGAAUUCUGAGGACCUACCCCUAACAACAAGUACUGAAGAAAAUAUACUUUUUGACUGGCACCCCUGUUUUCCUGCAAAUGUUGUCACAAUUUCACACUGGGAGACUCUUUAUUCAAAUGAUGCUUUCAAUACUACACAGAAGAUCAGAAUACCCCCCAAUAUGCUUACUGACGAAGAAAGGGAAAAUAUACAAGAUAUUAGCUUAAUAGAAGAAGGAAUUAUAUUUUUAACAGCAGGUCGUCUUUACCUAAGGAGAACUAAUGAUUUCCUAAAACUUGACCAGACCUUUCAUAUUCCUUCGAAUAUAACUGGUACCGAAACAAGAACUUGGUGUUGGCCUGAGUAUGUACCAAAGGAAGGACUAGAAUUAAGUGAAAUAAUAUUGUGGACAAAAAAAGAAGUCUUUCUUGGAUAUGCUGGCUUAAGAUUUUUCAAAUUAAUAUGCCUUGAAGAGCUUGUGGAAAUUCUGAAGCUCCAUGAAGAAGACAUCAAUAAAUUUACUAUACACCGUGCAACUUAUACCUCAGACCCAACUGGAAUUGCUUUGUUGUUAGUUCACCCUAUAAUGGGAAGUCAAUCCAGUAUGAUGCAUUUAGUGUUCUAUAAUGAAAAUACAAUUAAAUGGGAACUACAAGACUUUGUACUGUAUUUCCCUCAGGAUCAAAAAUUGAAUGCACUAUUCCUGUAUUCAGCAUUGCCAAAUUUUGUAAUAUGGGAUACCAAGACUGUCUACUAUAGUUACCACAAGUAUUCAAAAAAUGGAUAUAUGCUGUCACCUCUUGGAUAUCAAGACCUAACAAGUUUUGCAAAUAAUAGCUACAUUCACCAAGUUUUUAUAGAUUACUUUGGAAAUGGUGUGAUAAAAAUGUACAACAAUAUUAUGCUUUAUUUCAAAAUUGAUGUUACAGAUGUAUCACUGCUACAUAAAUGGGUUAAUGAAAAUGAGAAUACAGUAAUUUUAAUUAACACUAAUGGGGAGCCACUUCUUACAAAUCUUAAUUACGGUUUUGCAAAAGUGUCAGAAUAUCCAUUAAUGUUGGAAUUAUAUAGUUCAAUUUAUACAGAAGUGACUAGUUGUCCAUAUUUGUUGUUUGAGAGCAGUAUUUAUUUAAACGAUAUACGUAUGGACAAGAGAGAUGAACUGACAUUUUGGUCGCAAAUAGUCUAUCCUGAGAAUUAUGGUGUAUAUUCUAUUGUGGAAAUAAAUGGACCAGAAAUAUUAAAGCAGGAGAGAAAUGUUGACUAUGAAACAGCCUUGGGAAUCUGCACUAAAAAUCUGACAGUGACACUUUAUCAGAGGGUUGACUAUGAAGCCGUAAAUAAUUACAGCCAACUCCAAGAUGAAAACAUGGGUCAUGUGAUGAUUCAGCUGAGACCCAGUCAAUUUGCAAAAACAUGUCCAUCAUCUAAUCAGGCAAUUCAUGUAUUAGUUGGCUGUUAUACAAAAAGACACAUUGUACUCAAAGGAUAUGAAAAUAAAAAAUGUCGACAUGAAAACCUGAAAUAUGAAAUUGAAAAGCAGUAUUUGAGGGGUAACCCACCUGAAAACAAGCUUAUAAAUUAUAAUGUUAGUGAAUAUGGCUGCCCUUUGCACAUUUAUAUGACCGAAAAAUUCCACCCUGUCCUUCAAUUAUACGAUGAUGAUGAAUUCGUUGAAGAUGUUACAGCAAAUUUUAUUAUCUGGGAGAUACAUGAAAGAAUCGAUUUCAGCUAUACUGUAACUAUGCAUAGUGCUGGUUGCGUGAAUGAAGCACAGACAUGGAAGUCAAUGAUAAAAGAAAAUAAAGACCUUCCCAUAGAUAAAGUCUGGGGCCCUGAAAAUUACAGACAUUGCUUUUCAUUUUCCUCUGGAAAACCUGGAGACCUAUCACAACCAUAUGAGAUUAUCAACUCUUCCAAUAAAAAUGAAAUAAUUUGGAAGACUCACCAUAUUGGCUUUUAUGUGUUCCGGGUUAAGAUCAUUGAUCCAAACUACAGUUUCUGUGAACUAACAACCACCUUUGCAAUUGAGAUAUUUGGCAUACUCCCAAGAUCCCAUUAUGGUUUUAUUCAUCUUGUUGGGUCUGAUCAUUAUCAUCUUCAUUUGCCUACUUAUCAGCUACUUCCAGUAUUUAAGAAUUUUUCGAAAAUUUAUUUAUGAACCAAGUGUAAAAUCAAAAAAUAAAAAGAAACAAAGACAGUAAGAUACCAUACCAUAUAAAUAUUGUUUAUACAUAUAUUUUGUAAUAAGGGAGGCUAGAGACUAUAAAAAUAAUUUUGUCCAUAAUAAAUAAGUACAUUUAGGGACCAAAUUUAGCAUGUGAAAGAUGGUCUCUGAGUUUCCUGAAGACUUAAAAUUAUUCCCAUUUUUGUGUGAUGUGUUUCCUUAAAUAGCAUCUAAUUUUUUAAAAUUCUGAAUAUUCUCAUGCAAUAUUUCAAAUAGAUCUGGGCUUGACUAGUCUGUUUACCUUAAUGAAACAAAUUGGUCAGAUACACCAGUUUAAAGCUUGUUUAAUAGCAUGUAUAUUUAGGAAACCUGAAAUCUGAACUAAUGGAAAUUGAUGAUUUACUAGGAUAACAAAUUCAUAUUUUCUUUACUAAAGUUUAGGAUUGAUCUUAUUUGUUUUUUGUUUUACAUUGAAAGGAGCGGUAUUUUGUUGAUGGUUGAGUUUACAAUUUUCAAAAAGAAAUUUAAGGAAUAACUGAUCAUAUUUUUAAAGUUCCAUUUUAAAACUUGAAAUUAAAAAAUUGAUUUGAACAUAGAAUGAGUUAAAUCUAUCUCAACUGCUCCAAACAAUUAGUAUUUUCUAAGAGUUUAUAGAAAACUAAAAUUGUAUUUCUUCUUGUUUAAUGACUCUUAUGUUUACAUUUGACAAGUGAUAUUUAGAAAUCUGGAGAAAUUUAUAUGAAAUGACUAUCUUUUUAAUCUUCUAAUUUGUGGAUGAUUUUAAUGAAUUAAUAAAAUUUUGAUUAAUUUGAUUUAUGAUCUUCAUGACUUCUACAAAUAGAAUGUGCCUAAUCUUUUAAUGGGAAUACUUUCUAUCCAUGACCUUUGGAUACCUCCUUAUGAGUUCACUCUGUGCAUCAGACUAUUAAAUGAUUUUCCCAGUUGUCUGUCAUUUCAUUUCAUCAAUUUGGUCUUCUAUCUAGUAACCAUUAACCACAUAUUACUGUUUUCCCACUGCGAUACAAGUGAAAUAUUCUGCUUCCAACUAUCACUUUGGAUGUGCAGCACAUGGAAUACAAUCUUUACUAACAUAGCUUUCCCAAUACUAAUAUGUCUAUCUUAAUAAGAAUGAAAGAAGCAAAAAUUAUACACACAAAGUCAAAGUAUGAGUAGAAGAACAAAAUGGCUAAAGCCCAAGAACUAGGAUACAACUGACAAGACUGUAGGAACUUGGAUUCCUAUCCAUCUCCUAUUUUUAUUCUCCGGAGAUUCAUUACCUUAUAUAUAGUCCUUCUCCCAAC